UAUGUUAUUUUGCAUCAAACCAUGAAUGAAGUAAGUGGAGGAAAACAAGAUGUACCCAAUGCCUCAAAUUGGGAAGCCUUAUCAGGACAGUCGGUGUCUUCGUUGCCAGCCAUGCAUCAUCACCAUCAAACGCUACAGCAGGAUACAAAUUCAACAGUAGCACAAGUUAUAGUUCCUACAUCUGUUAAGCUUCAAACCCCCAUAUUAACAUCUACGCAAACUGUAACCGAUCAUCAUUGUCCGCAACUUAGUCAUAUACAACAACCACCUCUUAUAACUCAGGGGACAUCACCAGGAAACAUUCCGGAGCUUGAAUUAUCUCUGGAACUUCAACAACAGGGUUGGAAGAAGUUUUGGAGUAAACGGGAAAAUCGGCCAUAUUUUUGGAACAAAUUGACAGGAGAAUCUUUAUGGGUAGUUCCUUCUUUGAAACCUCAGUUUGAUCCAAUCACGGAUCCACUUGGCAUUUGUGGUGUACCACCUCCUGGAAAUGGAACGAUUCCAGUUAUCCCAGGUUCUACUUUAAAACGAAGAGCAUCGGAAGAUGGAGCUGUUCCACCAGCAAAGAAAUUUGUAUUGGCAGGCCCGUGGGAUUUGGAAAUACCUACGAAUGUUAUAAUAUAUGAGCGAGCACCAUCAAAUUUGAUGCACGUUCAUCCUGAAGCAGAAGCUCUGCGCUGUGCUUUGCUAGCCAAGCUACGACAGUGUUACCAAGAGUUAUGUCAUACUCGUGAAUCUAUAGACGCGCCGAAAGAUUCCUUCAACAGAUGGCUGAUGGAACGAAAGGUCAUUGAUUGCGGCUCAGAUCCGUUACUACCAAGUCAAUGCUUCCCUGAGAUUUCAAUGUCCAUGUAUCGCGAGAUUAUGAACGAUAUUCCUAUUAAAUUGGUAAGGCCGAAAUUUACGGGAGAUGCAAGAAAACAAUUGUCACGUUACGCUGAAGCGGCGAAAAAGAUGGUAGAAUCAAGGGCAGCAUCGCCUGAAAGUCGGAAAGUAGUCAAGUGGAAUGCGGAGGACACUUUCCAGUGGUUGAGAAGAACAGUGGGCGCCACGUUUGAUGAUUUUCAGGACAGGCUCGCUCAUCUGAAGCGACAAUGUCAACCACACCUCACGGCAACCGUUAAAGCCAGCGUUGAGGGCAUAUGUUUGAAAAUUUAUCAUCUGUCGACGGAAUAUGCGAAAAAGGUGAAAGAUAAAAAUAACCAAAUCCUUAAAGAUAAUGGUUUGGGGGAUGUUAUACCGUUAGGAGGUCCUAUUAGUACACAAAGAAAAGUUUGGUGUUAUCCAGUGCAAUUUUCCCUUCCCACACCGAGACUUCCACAAGUGGAUUAUCUUCCUGAACGCGAGCAAAUAAUGCUACGCUUUCACGGUGACACCAUGUAUAUUAAUAACACGCAUUUUGCUAAACUGGAACAUUUAUAUAGGUAUAACGGUUUUGAUGAUAAAAAGUUUGAAAUGUUUCUGUCACGCGUUUGGUGUAUGUUGAAACGCUAUCAGACAUAUUUUGGAAUCAACGAGGGCCAAGCAACUCAGAUGGCUCUUCCGGUGACGGUUUUUGAAUGCCUUCAGAGAUCGUUCGGUGUUACGUUUGAAUGUUUUGCCUCGCCUCUAAACUGUUAUUUUCGACAAUAUUGUUCAGCGUUUGCCGAUACGGACUCAUAUUUCGGAUCGAGGGGACCAUUCUUGGAUUUCAGGCCAGUCAGCGGAUCGUUUCAAGCAAAUCCACCAUACUGCGAGGAACUUAUGGAAGCUAUGGUCAACCACUUCGAGCGUCUUUUGGCUGAUUCGGCAGAGCCUUUGUCGUUCGUGGUAUUUUUACCGGAGUGGCGUGAUCCGGCUCCUAAUGCGCUUAUAAAACUCGAGGGUAGUCACUUUAAACGUAAACAAGUAGUAGUACCCGCUAUGGAACACGAAUAUCGACAUGGAUUCCAACAUAUUCUUCCAAAAGGUGAUGUAAACAUUCGAGCGGUACACGGCACGCUAGUUGUAUGGUUACAAAAUCCAGCUGGUGCUGCACGUUGGGGACCUACCGAAGAGCGAGUCGAAGCGUUAUUGGAAGCAUGGCGACCCGGUCGAGAACGAGAAAGAGAUAGGCAAGAGCUCCUUUCUCCGCCACGACAAACGCAUCAAUCGAUACCGUCAACGCCUGUACCGACAACACUAAUUACGCCGACGGUGCCAUCUGUACAACCGCUACCAAGUCAUCCUAUCUAAUUAAGCGAUACAAUUUAGUUAGUGAUAUAAUCUUUGUGAAAUAGA